CAAGACGCUUAUCGCAUAUGGGUGAAUAUUGUAGUUAGUUUAAUACAGUGUAUAUAGGACAGGCACAUUUCCUGCUUACAAACUUUCUGUUAGGCCACCAUGGAGAGGAUUUUAGUCUGUUCUGUGUUGUGGAUAUUUGUGUGUGUCGUGAUACAUGUACAUGUAUGUAAUGGUGAUGUACCGGUAGCUGAGUCAAAGGAUGGUGGCGGUUUUCUCCACAGCGCUGUUCUCAAGUCUGGGAUAUUUUAUUUGUUUUGGAAAUAUGACGACAAUCGUAUUACAUUUGAAGUACAGGUUAGGACUGCCGGGUACGUAGGCGUAGGAUUCUCACCGAAAGGUGGAAUGGCGGGAGCAGAUAUUGUUUUAGCUUGGGUCAAAGACGGUCAAGUUUACGUUAAGGACUGCUUCGCUACUCACAACGGACAACCUGCCAUAGAUAAGACGCAAGACGUAAAACUUGUUUCUGGCAGCGAGAACGGAACGUUUACGACAAUCAGAUUCAGCCGAGAAUUAAACACGUGUGAUAAGAAUGAUAGAGAUAUCACUGAGGGCACGGUGCGGUUAAUUUGGGCGUACGGCGAUGCUAAUCCCGAAACAGAGACCAGUAUGAACUACCACGGCGUUAAACAGCGCGGGACAAAAAGCAUCCAGCUCCUUGCAGCUAGAGCUGCUGCCGUCAGAACGGUUCCUUCCGAUGCUUACAAUAUUGAUAUGCUUAAUCUAAAUGUCACAAUAAGGUCAUCAGAGAGAACGCUGUAUUGGUGCCAUGGUAUCAAGUUGCCCUCUUUUCAAGGCGUACAUCACGUGAUAAAGUAUGAGGCGAUUAUCCCAGAGAAGCACAAGUGGCUGGUCCAUCACAUCUUCCUGUAUGCUUGCUAUCACAAGGUGGACGUAGACAAACACGACGGGGCGGCAUGGCGGUGCUAUUCACCAAUUACGCCUCCUGAACUGCGGAACUGCUUCAAGGUUGUGUUUGCCUGGGACAAGGGCGGAGAGGCAUUCUACUUUCCCGAGCAUGUGGGCUUUCCAUUGGGAGACGACCAAGGCCCAACGUUUCUUAUCAUGGAAACCCAUUACAAUAACCCAUCUGGAGAAGAAAUUAAUCAAGAAACCUCAGGUUUGCGACUAACUUUGAUACCACGGCGGCGCCAGUACGAUGCCGGUUUGAUAGAAGCGGGUGUGACUCCAGUGAACAUGCCGUUAAUUAUACCACACGGGCAACCCGAGUACAAAAUCUGGGGAUACUGCCCAGCGUCCUGCAUUGCUAGGGGUAUGGGAGAAGUGAAAGAAAUCAGGGCUUUCGCCAUAACCUUGCACAGUCAUCUUUUAGCAACGAAAAUGCACAUUCGUCAAUUCAGGGAUGGUAUAGAGCUCCCCUUUUUAGCAGCAGAUGAAACUUAUGACUUCGAUUUCCAAGAAAUUCGCCAUCUUAAAAAGGAAGUGGUUAUAAAAAAGGGCGACUCGCUGGUAACAAUGUGUACGUAUAACAGCACCAGAAGAGAUAACCCCACAUGGGGUGGUUUUAGCACAACCUCAGAAAUGUGCCUGGGCUAUGUCUUCUAUUAUCCAAGAAUUGACCUCAGUAAUUGCGAAACGUCGGUGGAAAUGGACAAGUAUUUUGAUACCGUCGCAGAAAAAUUGAAUAUUACCGGAGAUAAGGAUAACCCUCUUUACCGAGUGUUGUUCCGGAGGUACAUCAAACAGUUUUUGGAUUUACCUGGAGGAGCAAAGACCCUUCAAGAGAUGGAAUAUACAAGCCCCAGGGUUCAGAAAUGCCAGGGACCAACAUUUUUCGUGAAUGAUGCGGUACCGCCAUUGAACAUCGCCAGCCCAUACACACCACCAGCGGGAAGAUGUACGGGGCCGAAAGUUCUCAAUCACAAUGACCAGAUGAACGCUUUCAAUGAAACAGCUCCGUCCUAUGAGUGGACAUCUCCGUCUGGUGACAAUACAUUUGCAUCUAAUACUAAUUUGGGAAAGAUUGAGGACAAUCAAACAUCUGUAUCAGAUCCUGGACAACAGAAAAAUACAUCUUCUUGGCACACGAGCGGUCCGCUUCGUCAUGAUAUUGGAUUUAACGUUGUCCUCAUCAUUCUUAUCAUAUUAGCAAUAUUCGGAUUGUUUUACCGUUAUAAAGACAACUUUAAGUCCUUUGUCAGUACCCAGUGGCAAAAAUACCGGAGAGUUUCGUAUUCUCUUGUUAUGAAUACAGACACAGUGGCAUAAAUGUAAGAUAGCAAUGUAUUAUGUUAAGAUACGCCCCAUCAGGAUGAGCUGAUCAGGGUGUAAUUUUCAUUUUAUAAUUUAUAUCAAUUUAUUCGUAUAAUAUUUAAUGGUUAGGAACACAAAGGAAAGGGUUACAGGCGUACCAUGAAAAUCUGACUCCCCUAAAAUGUGACUCCCCAGUCAGAUUUCACCUUCAAACUAACAAAAAGUG